CCGCCGCCCGCCUCUCGCCCCCCCGGCUGCCCCGAACUGCUGGUGGUGCUGGGCGAGCUCAGCCCCAGAGGCGGCUGGCGACUUCAGGCUCUGCUUCCUCGCCGCUUCCCCAGGUGUCAAUGCCAUGCUCAGGAAGGUGGCGGUGGCUGCCGCCUCCAAACCCCACGUGGAGAUCCGCCAGGACGGGGACCAGUUCUACAUCAAAACCUCCACCACUGUCCGCACCACUGAGAUCAACUUCAAAAUCGGGGAGAGCUUUGAGGAGGAGACGGUGGAUGGACGGAAGUGCAGGAGUUUGGCCACUUGGGAGAAUGAAAACAAGAUCUAUUGCAAACAAACUCUUGUUGAGGGAGAUGGCCCCAAAACAUACUGGACUCGAGAAUUAGCUAAUGAUGAGCUGAUUUUGACCUUUGGUGCUGAUGAUGUUGUGUGCACAAGAAUUUAUGUAAGAGAGUAAAACCAUCAAUUUACUUGUCAUCUGGGAUGAAGUGGAGAACUGUGAGAAUCCCCAGUAUAACGAGUAUCUGUGUGUGCUGUUACUAAUGCGGUGUUGUAUGUGACCAUGUGUGUUCUAUCUGAACCCAUAUCCUCUGUUAAGUGUAUUUUGCUUUCAUUUUUCAUCGCAGACACUAUUCCUUUCCACUUUUAUGCCAUCAUUUUUUGUGUCUGCUUUGUAUUUUGUAGUUGUCACUUGCUAUGGUUUCAUCAAUUAUUAAACUUAUUGGGCAUAACUCACA